UCGCUAGUGUUGUAACCGCGUCCUUAUCACUCCAGUCGCAAAGAAGCUUCAGAUCCAAUCAAACUAGCUAGCUAGUAGUCCCUAUAUUCAUACAAGCGGCAGCAACCUAGCCACAGCCAUCAAGCAAGAGCUUCUGAAAGGAGAUAGAAGCUGAGGGAGAGAAAAAGAGAGGAGAGAAGCCAGCAGGCUUGCAAAAGUGAGAGAGUGCUAGGGUGAGAGUCAUCAUGCAGUUCGCCACAGGGGCGAUGAGCUCUCUCCUCCCCAAGCUGGGAGAGCUGCUCGUAGAGGAGUACAAGCUGAAGAAGAGUGUGAAGAAGGGUAUUGAAGAACUCAAGGCCGAGCUCGAGAGCAUGCAAGCAGCCCUUGUCAAGGUGUCCAGUGUGCCGCUGGAUCAACUUGACCCGCAGGUCAAAAUUUGGGCAAAUGAGGUCAGGGAGUUGUCCUACGCCGUUGAGGACAGCCUCGACUCCUUUGUGACGCGUGUCGAGGGCGUUGAGCCGACCAAGCCCAAGAUCAAGCACUUGUUGAAGGCGGCCCGCAACGAGUUCACCAAGUUCAAGGCACGCCAUGAAAUAGCCACUGACGUCAAAGACAUUGAGAGCCAGGUUAGGAAGAUCAAGGAACGGUAUGACCGGUACAAGAUUGAUGAUGUUGUUGCUAAUCUUGCAACGACUCCAGUUGACCCUCGUCUCCCGGCUCUAUACAAAAAGCUAUCUGACCUUGUGGGUAUUGAUGAGCCAAUUAAUGAGCUGAUAAAGAUCCUGUCCGAGGGGAUUCACAUGCCUGACAAAAAUCCCAAGAUAGUUUCCGUUGUUGGAUUUGGAGGAUUGGGAAAGACAACCCUUGCAAAAGCAUUGUAUGACAAGCUUAGCAAAACAUAUCAGUGUCAAGCUUUUGUUCCAGUGGGUCAGAAUCCAAACACGCAGAAAGUUCUCAGGGACAUCCUGCUUGAACUUGACACUGGGCUAUCCAGAGCCACAGAAACAAUGGUUGAAUGGCAGUUGAUCAACCAGCUGCAAAAAAUCCUUGCAGGCAAGAGGUACUUUAUUGUUAUUGAUGACAUAUGGGAUACACAAACAUGGGACGUGAUUAAGUGUGCUUUCGUGGAUAGUCAUCCAGAAAGUAGAUUAAUCAUAACUACCCGUAUUGUUGAUGUCGCCACAAAAGCUGGUGGUAUCUAUCACAUGCAACCACUUUCUGAUGAUUACUCCAAAAUCUUAUUUUAUACAAGAACAUCUGGUAGUGAAGGACCUGCUGAAGUGACUACCAAAAUCUUAAAGAAAUGUGGUGGUGUGCCAUUAGCUAUCACCACAAUAGCUAGCUUGCUUGUUGGGAAACACAGUGAGGACUGGUCUAAGGUGUAUGAUGCCAUUGGUUUUGGGCAUGCAGACAAUGGCGAUGUUCAUAACACAAGAAAGAUAUUAUCUUUUAGCUAUUAUGAUCUGUCGUCCAAUCUGAAGACAUGUUUAUUGUAUCUUAGUGUGUUUCCUGAAGAUUGUUUAAUUGAUAAAAUAUCACUGAUAUGGAGGUGGGUUGCCGAGGGAUUUAUACCAUAUAGAGAAGGGAUGGAGUCAUUUGAACUUGGAGAGAUCUAUUUCAACACGCUUGUAAACAAGAGCAUGAUACGGUGGAUAGAUCCUGAAGAUAAUGAUGGCCGAGGUGGUUGUCGUGUCCAUGACAUGGUGCUGGAUCUCAUCCGCACCAUAUCAAAUGAGGUAAACUUUGUCACAGUACAUGAUAUGGAGCAUCACGACACACGUCCGGGAGGAAAGUCAACCAACAAGGUUCACAGAUUAGCAGUUCAUGGAAAAAGUGGGGAACACAACUAUAGCAUUGCAAUGGAGCAUGUAAGGUCAUUUAAUGUUGUCGAGUGCAGUGCCAAUAGUAUUCCCCUGCUUUUGAGCUUUAAAGUACUGCAUGUGCUAGUUAUUGAGGACUGUGUUUUUUCGGAAGGUAGCUGUCUUGAGCAUCUCGGUAAGUUGUUGCAGCUGAGGUACCUGGGGCUAGUGAAGACAGCGGUCAAGAUCCCGGAAGGAAUAGGGCAUGAUCUGAAGUUUCUUGAGAUACUGGAUGUAAGGGGGGGUUUGAUAAGUGAGCUGCCACCAUCUGUUGGUGAGCUAAUGAAUUUGAGGUGCUUGUGGGCUGAUAACGGUACAGUGAUGAAGGGAGAGAUAGGGAAACUGACAUGCCUUGAAGAGCUGCAGCUAUAUUCGGUGGAGAAGUGCCCAAACUUCUUCACAGAGGUGCGGAAGCUGACGAAGUUAAGGGUGCUCAACAUAUAUUUCGCUGAAAUGGAGGAGUCUGCAGGCAAGUCUCUGAUGGAAUCUCUGUGCAACCUGCACAACAUCCAUAGUCUGACGGUCUCGACGGUCUUGGCUGAUGAUGAUUCGGUUGUCGUCAAUCAUAGCUUGGAAGACAUGGCACCCUGUACAAAGCUGUACCGGUUAGUUCUGCCUAGCAUAGUUAUACCGAGGGUGCCAUCAUGGAUCAAUCAGUUAAGUGUUCCACUCCUUUCUCGUCUAUUGCUGCAUGUGGAUGCGGUAGAAGUUCGGGAUGUUCAAACCAUCGGCAGGUUGCCGUCGCUCCUCGAACUUGCUCUCUGGAGUAAGGAGGAAAACAACAUAUCAUAUACUUUUGGCAGCAAUGAGUUUCACAAGCUGAGAGGCUUGUGGACGAAGAAGAUAGAGAUCGCUGUUGGAGAAGGAGCAUUGCCGAUGCUUGAAUCGCUGCUAUACAGUGCAAGCGCUGAAAGAAAGGACGCUGCCAGCUUGGUGCCGUGGAGGAGAAAUAGCUGCCCUUUGCUGAAUUACGUCUCCUGUUACCUUGACUGCACUAACAGCAGCUACAGGGAAGUAAAGGAAGCGAAGCAGGCGCUGAGGCAGGCGCUGCUAUACAAUGCUGUGUAUCCAGACAUACGAAAAGAAAACUACGACGAGGAGGCAGGUAAAUUCAUUGAUAAUCUCGAGUGGAUCCUACGUGGUUUGGACAGACCCGAGGAUGUGGGCCGUUCUGCUGCACACCAGGAGGAAAGGACACGUCGCAUGAUUAGAUCACUCGAGAGAAGAUUACGUGACGCGGCAGAGCCUCGAGUCGGGAGGUACGGCCAACAAGAGAUACGUGGCCUUGUUGCCAAAUUCAAGAGUUGGCUACAUGACCAUGCAGGCACCGACCAGGAUGAGGCGCGCAAAAGUGAUGCCACCGAUAGUGAGGACGAUGAAGAUUAUUAUUACGACGAUGCUACCGACCAAGCAGAGUAUCGAAGGUCUGCAUGUUCAAGCCAAUGAAUCUCUCCAUUGAGGCGCUCAAUCACAGUGAGUACCGACACUAAAUCACUCAUUAGAUUUCUAUUAUUCCGGUCAUAUCGAAGCUAUUUAUUCAUUUGUUGCUCAUUAAUACAUGUAUUCUUUGUUCUUCAAUCUUUUCUAUGAAACAUUAGUUUGCACUUUUGCCACUCAUUUGUCUAAACCACUCUGCAGUACAUCUCCUCUUUGAAGGAAUCGGUUACUUGCUUUCCUGCCGGCUUGUGUUAUACUAUGCAUGUCUUAUUGUUCAAGUUCUUAAUUACUUGCUUGUGUAUCUGCUGAUAAUGAGUUACAACAUAUAUCUAGCUUCGGGUACACAAGGAUUUGAAGGGUACCAAAGGAUUAGGUUCUUCUUUUUCUCGAUGCUAAUAAAUUCUAAGUUAAAAAAUUGUUAAUACUCCAAUAUUCCUCAACUUUUCAAGCUCGUUUGUUGAGACAGAGUAUAAUAUACACUAUUGUGGUACAGAAGGAGUACUACAUAUGGAAUUUUGUGUUUGCAACUAAGAAUGUUUCUCUUUCUAAAACUAAUGUACUGUAAAACUACAAUAAUUUAGCCUGUGGGUAUAAAAUACUGUGGUUUUGACAUAACAAAGUAUUUUGGAGUAUUGAGAAUACCGUGGACCUGUUUAGCAAGUUUUUAUGCUCCAACUUAUUUUGAAGUAGUUUUCAAACGUGCACAUUGCUAUCUAGUUUCAGACGUGCCGCAUUGCUAGCUAGCCAGAUGUUGCAACAAAAAGUUAUAAAUGAGAAUAUACCACGUCCGAAUCAUAAACCGGAAGGAGGCCGAAGGAGAUGGAUAUCAAAACCAUGCCACUGUAUAACAAACAACGUCCGGGUAAGGAAAUUAUACUGUGGUUUUGACAUAACAGAGUAUUUUGGACUAUUGAGAAUACCGUGGACCUUUUUAGCAAGUUAUGCACCUACGUAUUUUGAAGUAGUUUUCAAACGUGCGCAUUGCUAUCUAGUUUCAGACGUGCCGCAUUGCUAGCUAGCAAGAUGUUGCAAACUGAUGAACAGCCAUGCACAGAACACUGGCAUGCACAAGCUAGACCGGUGAAAUACUCUGGUUACUGCAGUAGUUGCGUGUGAAGAAGUAAAAAAACUGCAGGUACUGAAUUUAGAAGUCACGCUUCUCUGUCUACUGAUACCCCGCUCUUUCUAGAACCA